AGAGGGACUGGGAAGGCGGGGGUAUGGGGAGUGGGGGGGGGGAGGCGGUGUCAGCCUGCUCCUCUUCAGUCUCGUAACUCUGGAUGGACAAACACUGCGCGGCGCUCAGGUGUGCGCUGGCUAUAACGAAAGAGCGCGUCGAAUUCCACAGGGGGAGAAGUAUUCAUAAUUUUCUCCACCUCCAUUCUGCAAGGUGAAGGACACAUUGGAUAUCGCGCAGCGGGGCGGAAGAUUCUUUCGGGUUCCAUCUCUCUCCUUUUUUUUUUCUUUCAAAUCACACUUUUCGUGAAGAGGAGGAGGAAACAUAAGAAAAUGUGAUUUGUUCCACAUGGACUCUAACCGCGUAUCAUGAUCCUGCUGCUAUCCGGCGACUGCACAUUGCAAUGGUAAAUUUCCAAGAGGCACAGCUAAUAGUCACCAACCAGUGAAGAGGAUGGUACAAAUGAGGUCAAACGGUGAUGCAUAGAGAGGCUCUGUCAAGCACCUAAUGUUCUGACCUGCUGGGUGAAAUACUGCUUUGGCUAAUCUUUUCUCCUAAAUAAUGCAAGCACAACUCAAGGAUGUCUCUGUGUCUGUGGGUACCUGAUUCUGUAAGCCCAGGGCCAACCACCUGUGAUGGACGAAGCUGAUAUUAAUGAGAGUAACACGGAGGCUGAGACGCAUGUGGUGCCCAGUGACAACGUAGCUGAGAGGAUUGUCCUCAUCACCUUCCUGUCACUGGUGAUGCUGAUGACCAUUCUUGGGAAUCUCCUAGUCAUGGUUGCAGUGUGCAGGGACCGCCAGCUCAGGAAAAUCAAGACAAACUACUUCAUUGUAUCACUAGCCUUUGCUGACCUACUGGUGUCUACUCUGGUGAUGCCUUUUGGAGCAAUUGAGCUGGUCCACCAGAACUGGAUCUACGGCGAGACCUUCUGUCUGGUGCGAACAUCGCUGGAUGUGCUACUGACCACAGCCUCCAUUUUGCAUCUUUGCUGCAUUUCUCUUGACAGGUAUUAUGCCAUUUGCUGCCAACCACUGGUCUACAGAAAUAAAAUGACACCCAUGAGAAUAGCGCUAAUGCUGGGAGGAUGCUGGGUAAUCCCAACCUUCAUUUCUUUUGUUCCAAUUAUGCAAGGUUGGAACAGCAUCGGGAUACAUCAUCUGAUAGAAGAAAGGAAGCUUAGUGGGGGCUCCAACUCCACGCUGUGCAUAUUCAUGGUGAACAAGCCCUAUGCCAUUACAUGCUCUGUGGUGGCCUUCUACAUUCCCCUGGGACUAAUGGUAUUGGCUUACCAGCGCAUUUACGUGACGGCCCGGGACCAUGCCCACCAGAUCAGCAUGCUGCAGCGAGCGGGCGGUGCCAGCAGCUCCUCUGACAGUGCCGAUCACCAGCGCAAUCAUCGCAUGCGCACAGAGACCAAAGCAGCAAAGACUCUAUGCAUCAUCAUGGGCUGCUUCUGCCUUUGCUGGGCGCCAUUCUUCAUCACAAACGUGGUAGACCCUUUCAUUGACUACACAGUGCCUGAGAAGCUGUGGACUGCCUUCUUGUGGCUGGGCUACAUCAACUCCAUGCUCAACCCUUUCCUUUAUGCCUUCCUGAACAAGUCCUUCCGUCGUGCCUUCCUCAUCAUCCUGUGCUGCGGGCAUGAGCGUUACCGUCGACCGUCCAUCCUGGGGCCCAGCGUACCCUGCACAGAGACCACAAUCAAUGGAUCCACUCAUGUGCUGAAGUACACAGUGCUGCAGAAUGGAAACCACACUGAAGAAACGAAGCAGCCACUAAACAAAGACACCGAUUUGGAAGAGCUGAGCUCCCGAUCGCAGGACAGAACGCAAAAGGAAGCCUCAUAGCAGAGCAACAUUCAGCUGAUUCAGGAGAUAUGAAACUUGGCUUAGUUAAUAAUGUUUAGAUCUACAAGUCAGCACGUUCCUUUCAUUUUCCUUCCAGUAACAGACAAAUGUGCUGGACUAUUUGGAUCAAAAAAAAAGAAGACAAAUUAAUAUUUUCUUUUAAUUCAGAAUGUGGAAUGUCUACAGAAGCAGUCUGAGAAUAACAGAGUGGCAGGUUUCCAUUGCCACCUCAUUCUCGAUUAUUUGUUUUCCGCUCUGCUAUCACCUGGUUAAUAUGCUUUUAUUUUUUGUUUUUUAUCACUCUGACUCUCAGAGGAAAAAAAAUGUUUACAGUCCAGUCUGAGCUACUGGAGUUAUAUUACAGUCUAAAAAAAAUAUGAAUGUAAAUUUGAAAGAAAUUUUAUUUUUCCUUUACGUCAAUCCAAAACCUCCUUAAAAUGUAAAAUAUUCUAUUGUCCUACUCAAGAAAUCAAAAUUUAACUUGAAAG